CUGGGGUCUCUCUCAGUGGAUAUUUUUGGGUCUGGGGUCCCAUUCCAGGGGUCUCACCUCAUCCCCUCCCCCCCAGCGAUGGCGGCCCCGGACCCCUCCCCCCCCUCGCCCCCCGGAGCCCCCCGGGACCCCCCCGGGCCGCUGGCGCUGCUGAAAGCUCGAGCGCUCGAUGUCACCUUCGAGGUGGGGGACGAGUACGAGGUCAUCGAGACCAUCGGGACCGGAGCCUACGGAGUGGUCAGCUCGGCACGGAGACGGGACACCGGCCAGCCGGUGGCCAUCAAGAAGAUCCCCAACGCCUUCGACGUGGUGACCCCUGACCCCUGGCCAGCCGGUGGCCAUCAAGAAGAUCCCCCUGACCCCUGUGUCCAGUUUGUGACCCCUGACCCCAUUGUCCCCUCUGUGGUCACUCCAGGCCAGCCGGUGGCCAUCAAGAAGAUCCCCAACGCCUUCGACGUGGUGACCCCUGACCGCUCUGUCCCUCUCUACGUUGUCCUGGAUCUCAUGGAGAGUGACCUCCACCAGAUCAUCCACUCCUCGCAGCCGCUCACCCUCUCCCUGUGCUACGUUGUCCUGGAUCUCAUGGAGAGUGACCUCCACCAGAUCAUCCACUCCUCGCAGCCCCUCCCCCUCUGUGUGGUCACUCUGCCCAUCCCCCCAUGCACUCCCCUGUGGUCACUCUGCCCCUCCCCCUCCUGUGUCCGCAGCUACGUUGUCCUGGACCUCAUGGAGAGUGACCUCCACCAGAUCAUCCACUCCUCACCAGCCCCUCCCCCUCUGUGUGGUCACUGUGGUCACUGUGGUCACUGUGGUCACUCUGCUCCCUCUCUGUGGUCACUGUGGUCACUCUGCCCAUCCCCCCAUGCUGUCACUGUGGUCACUGUGGUCAGUGUGGUCACUCUGCCCAUCCCCCCCUGUGUCCGCAGCUACGUUGUCCUGGACCUGAUGGAGAGUGACCUCCACCAGAUCAUCCACUCCUCGCAGCCGCUCACCCUCGAGCACGUCCGCUAUUUUUUGUACCAACUCCUCCGCGGCCUCAAGUACAUCCACUCCGCCAACGUCCUKCACCGCGACCUCAAGCCCAGCAACCUGCUGGUCAACGAGAACUGCGAGCUCAAGAUCGGCGAUUUCGGGAUGGCCCGAGGGCUGGGCGCUGACCCUCGCCAGGCCAAACCCUUCCUGACCGAGUACGUGGCCACGCGUUGGUACCGCGCUCCGGAGCUGCUGCUGUCGCUGCACCGUUACACGCGUGCCAUCGACAUGUGGAGCGUGGGGUGCAUUUUCGCCGAAAUGCUCGGCCGCCGGCAGCUUUUCCCCGGCCGGAAUUACGUCCAUCAGUUACAGCUGAUCAUGGCGGUGCUGGGCACUCCUCCGGCCGCGCUGACCGCUGCGAUCGGCGCCGAGCGUGUCCGUGCGUACGUCCAGAGUUUGGCCCCGCGCUCGCCGGUGGCGUGGGACGCUCUGUUCGGCGCGGCCGAGCCGGCGGCGUUGGCGUUGCUGGGACGGAUGCUCCGGUUUGACCCUCGGGAACGCGUGGGAGUGGCCGAAGCCUUGCGCCACCCSUUCCUGGCCAAAUACCACGACCCCGAGGACGAGCCCGAGUGCGUCCCCGCCUUCGAUUUCGCYUUCGAGCGCCACGCGCUGACCAAGGAGCAGAUCCGGGCGGCCAUCGUGGCCGAGAUCGACGAUUUCCACGCGCGGCGCGACGGAAGUCCGGUCCCGGACUGUCCGAUGGAGUCGCCGCGGGCGGUCAAGGCCGAGCCGGGCGCGGCUCCGGCCCCAAGGAAGGACGGCGCCAUCUCGGACGAUACCAAAGCUGCCCUGAAGGCGGCGCUGCUGAAAUCCGCCAUGAGGAACCGGGGCAAAGAUCCGCCAUGUUCGCUCCCCGACGCCCCCGAGGCCCGGCCCAGGCCGGUGAUUGACAGGGCCGGGUUGAGCUGUGAUUGGCUGAGCUGUGAUUGACAGGGCUGUAUUUGCUCUGUGAUUGGCUGAUCCCGGCUGACCCCG